UAUUUUACGAGCCAGACAAAAAACAAGCUGAACAGCGCGGCGCCUGUGCGACUUUGCGAUGCAAACUGUGCACGAGCGCCGCUAAACAGCCUUCCUGGCGGGGCUACAUAACACAUAACUUGAAUUAGCGAAAAGCUGGGAGCAAAGAAAGAAGGAGCAAAGAAGCUCGUGCAGCCCGCCCGCCUCGAGCCACCUGCAGCCCGCCCGCCCGCCUCGUUCCUGGGGGCAUACCGCGUGGGAGGGCCCAGCCCAUCUGAGCUCAACAAGGCAGCUCCACUCCGGCGCUCAUUUACUAGAUUCUCCUGGCCUCAUGUAGUUCAGUGGCCUCCGCGACGGUAGCAGCAAUAGCAGCGGUCAGAUGGGCAUCAGCCCCAAGAAGGUGGCGCUGGGCGCAGUCGCCACAGCGGCGGUGGGAUACGGCGGCUUCCGCGCCACGCUGCAUGUGCGGCGGCAGUGCCAUGCGGCCCCAAUGAUUGCGCUUGCGGGCUGCCACGUGUACUCCGGAUUAGCGCUGGCAGAGGCGCUGCGCUUGCAGGGUGUAGAGUCUGUGUUUCUGGGCACACGCGGCGUGAUCGGAAGCCAAUACCGCGCUAUCGCGGCGCACGGCUUUAACAUGCACGAGGUGCCGUAUGUGGAGCUGGUGCGGCCGCUGAAGCGCAUGGCCAACGUGUGGGGUGCGCUGAGGUUUCCAUUCUGCGUGCUGAGCAGCGCGUGUGCACUCGUGGGCGCGGCGCCGGAUGUUGUGGUCGGCAUUGGGGGCAGCAUGUCGGUGCCGGCGUGCCUGGCAGCCAUUGCCCUGGGCAUUCCUCUGCUGGUGUAUGAGCCCAACGCAGCGGCAGGCGCCGCCAACGCCUCCAUCCACCGCCUGGCCCGGCAGACGCUGCUGGCCUUCCCGGCCGCCGCUGCUGGGCUUAAGUUUCCCGAGAGGUGCACCGUGAUUGGGCCCGCAGUGCGGCCCGGCGUCCUGACCUCAGCGGGUGUGAACAAGCCAGAUCCUGGCGCCGGAACAACCACAGGCAAGGUCGUGACACGCUGUGGCGGCGGCUGCGACGCCAAGUCGCGUGCGGCGGCGGAGAAGCGGCGGGCGCAGGCCCGGGAGGCGCUGGGCUUGAAGGGGCGCAGUGGCAGUGGAGCUGGGUCUGGUUCCGAGCGGCUGCUGGUGGUGCUGGGCGGCUCCAAGGGCUGCUGCUACCUGAACCAGGCCACGCACAACGCCCUGCCGCAGCUGGCCAACGUGUCGGGCCUUCAAGUUCUGUGGCAGACGGGCAUCCGGCAGCACGUCGCCUACUCGGGGGGCCAGGCAGCCACAAUGUCCAACGUGCGCUGUGUGCCACACAUUUCGGACGUGGGCAGCGCGUUGGCUGCAGCUGACCUAGUGCUGUCCCGGGCCGGCGCCGCCAGUGUGGCGGAGCUGGGGGCGGUGGGGGCGCCCUGCCUGCUGGUACCCUCGCCAGCAGUGGACGAGGAGCGCCAGACCGCCAACGCGCACGUACUUGUAGACGCAGGCCUGGCGGAGCUGGUCCCCCAGCUGCACGUGGACGAGCACGGCAUCUCCGGCCGCCUGCUGCCGCUGCUGUCGCCCGAGGGGGGCAAGCGGCUGGCAGCCAUGAAGGGCAAGUGCUGCAGCAGCUGCAAGGUCGGCAGCAGCAGCAGCAGUAGCGGCAGUAGCAGCAAAACUGGUGGGGCCAGCACCGCUGCAGGCAGCCAGGCUGCUGCUGUGCCCAGCGGCGGCGGUGCGGGCGCUGCGGCGCUGGUGCACUUCCCCACGGGGUGGGAGGCGCUGGAUACGGGGUGCCGCGCCAUACUGGGGCAUGUGAGGCGGUAGCGCGCGCGGCUUGUGGCAGCCAGGGGUGCCACCCCUGGUGGCAGCAUGAGAGUCGUAUUGUGCCAGCUGCAAAUGGUCGCCCUAGACAGGCAGGGGGGCGUGCAGGUCACUUUCAUUGCUGCUGCUGACGGUGAUGCUGCCUUUGAUGGUGGUGAUACUGAUGGUGGUAAUGCUGGUGCGGCCGUAACGGUCUCUCAGAGGUCGUCCCUUGUUUCUCGGAAUGACGCCUAUGUAAGGCCUUAAAGGCGUAAAUGGCGCACUUGGAUCUAACCAGACCCAGAGCACACGGCGGCAAGCCGUCGGUGAAGUAACCGCGAACCUACGUUGCCAGGGGUUCCCCAGGAGAAAUGUCACGACCAUCUGCCGGUUUGAGUCCAGGAAACCAACAGGCACCCCUUGGUACCGUAUAGUAUAGCCCACACGUAAUACAUGAUGCUUGUGCGUGUGGAGGUCACUGCUUUGCAAUGCAUGGCGAGCGGGACUGAAGCAUGCAGGCUGGGCUUGGGUGAGGGCUUGCAAGUGUGGCGACCGGUCGGGAUGUGCCGUCCUGGCGCAUGCGGCGGCAGGUUGGCUGGUGUGCAUUUGCGGAGCGGAGGGGGCGGGCAAGGCCACGUGGAAGAGGAGAGCGCGGCGCCGUCCUAAAAGCAGAACCGUGUUCCUUUACACAACCGCCAGUCAUUCAGAUGUCAUGCGAAUUUAUUGACCACAACACUU